AUGCCGGCCGGAAAGAUCGGGAGGCCAACGCCCAAAGCUCUCGAGGUGCGAGUCGUAGAGAAGUUCAAGAGACACAAUGCUCGCUACAUGGACGGUUGGAAGGAGUCUCUGCCCCACCUGCGCAAGCCUGCGGCGUCUGUACCGCCAGCGGGCCGGGGUGGCGUUAGCUGGAUUGGCCAAAAUCCGGACCCUUGCAGAGCAAAGUAUCUUCUGAAGAAUGGGGUGGUCCCCUUGCCACCUGCUGCGGAGCAAAAGCCUUCGCCCUCGCAGGCAGCUUCGGAUGCAGAACCAGCAAGCAGCAGAUCGGAGCUCACCCACAGCCAGUCCGCCCCAGUGCUGCAGAAACGCGGGCACCGACAGCUGGAGAUGAUGUCCUGCAAUGAGCACUACAUUGAGCAAAGGCUGAAGCUCGAAGACGAGCAGCAGCUCAGGAGCGGACCUGACAUGAAGGAGCUGAUCUAUCACGGUGUGUCUCACGACCACCAGGGCCGGAGAGCAUAUCUGCAAGCCCGCAGGAGGCUCUGGCCCCAAGAUCGCCUGCCUGCGCCUGUGACCUCAGCAGCAGAGGUGGGCUGGCAAAGCUAUGCCGGUCCAGACAAGAUCGUGGGCAAACAGUUAGAUCCAGUACCUCCUCCUCCUAGCACCAUCGUGCUGGGAUGA